CCCACGCACUUGAGAGAGGGAGUCAGUCCCAUCCUUAUCUCCGCUAGCUAGCUCGCUAUAGCCCCCUGGUCUUUACUCUCCAGGCCAAACAGAAACAGCUACUAGGCGAAGGACACAUCGGCAAUUAUCCAUCGAUCGGGCCUUGUCCUGUCCGCGGGUGGCGCCGGGCGCCGGUGACAACCGACAGGGCAGCAAGCGUGGAUCAUCCGAGCGGAAGCGGAAGCCCUCCUCCUCCUCCUCCUCCUCCGGCUCCGGGGCACCGUCGCGACAGCAGAGGUCCGCUGCCAUCACCUCGUCCGCCGCCGCCGGCGCUACAACGAGGUGACCACCAUGGGCAUGGAGAGCCGGAGGUCGUCGGGGAGGAGGCUGCUGGCGUUGCCGUUGCCGUUGCGACGACGAGCUACCAGCACCAGCAGUACGAGCUCGCCGUCAUGGUGGCGGCGCUCACCCACGUCAUCAGCUCCACUCAACCGGCGGCCCUCGCCGGUGCAACCGCGUCCGGGCAGCAAGCUGUGACCCGCCAACACAUCGCUCCUCUGGCCGCGGCGGCGACAUCGUCGUCAUCAGCGGCGUCGGAGCAGCAGCAGCAGCGUCCGCGGUACCGUGGCGUACGGCAGCGGCCGUGGGGCAAGUGGGCGGCGGAGAUCCGCGACCCCGUGAAGGCGGCGCGCGUAUGGUUGGGCACCUUCGACACCGCCGAGGACGCCGCACGCGCCUACGACGCCGCCGCGCUCCGCUUCAAGGGCGCCAAGGCCAAGCUCAACUUCCCUGGCGCCGGCGGUGCGCCUGCGCCACCCCGCCAUGCCGUCGGCCAGCUGCUGGCGCCCGGAGGCGGGGCAUCGCCAUCGUUGCGGCAGCAGCAGCGACCCCGACCCGUGGUGGCCUUCCGCCCGCAGAUCAACGCCCCGGCAGCCGUUGCUCGGGAGGAGUUCCCGGACCUCCACCGGUACGCGCACAUACUGCAGAGCGGUGACGUGGAUCUGCGGGCCGUUGCAGCCGGCGGGAUAACGCCGGGGCCGUCGUCGACGCCGGCGCACGACUUGCGGUCGCCGCCCCGGCCGGAUGAUCGCGGAUAUGGCGAGAGAAGUGCAGGCCCUGGCUGCUAAGUGAGUAGUACUCCCUUUUUUUUUAGGGUAACUGAGUUGUACUCUUACUGAAUACGUACUGAUCGACGUGUACAUGAGAAAACCAAGUUCUGCUUUUUCCCCAUCUUUUUGUUUGCAUAUUUCCCUAUUUAUUUUUGGCAAAAUGAACA